AUGGAAAUAUUCCUCAAGUAUGAGCCUCUCGAGGGUGAGCCCCUAGAAGUUAAGUCCCUCGAGAAUGAACCCCUCGAAGAUGAGCCUCUCAAGGAAGAGCCCCUCGAGAUUGAGCCCCUAGGAGAUAGCCUCUCUAGAAUGAGUUCGAGGACUGAAUCCCUCGAGGAUGAACCUCUCGAGGCUGAGCCCAUCGAAGAUGAACCCCUCGACGAUGAUCCUCUUGAGGUUAGGGCCCUCGAUUAUGAACCACUCGAGGAUGAACCUGUCGAGAGUGAGCCCCUCGAGGAUGAACACCUCGAGGAUGAGCCCCUCGAGGAUGAACACCUCGAGGAUAAGCCCCUCGAGGAUGAGUCCCUCGAGGGAUAG